AUGAAUAAGAUAUUCCACGACUCCGUGGCCGACUGCCCCGUAUGCCUUGACUUGAACAGAGAGUAUCUCCGUCGUCAAUGGCGUUCUGUUGGUGGACUGUUUGGGGCGGAGUCCGAACACUCCCUGACUCUCAAGCGUCUUUCAGAGAGCUUGUCAUCAACAGGCUGUGCAGGAUGUGCUUUGAUUUUCAGCGCCGCAGACAGGAUCAAAGAAGAGUUUGGCGUGGGCUUUAGAAACGUUGUUGUUGAGUUUCUCGAUAGCGAGCAACGGUCAGGUCUCUCGAUAACACUGACAAUGCUACAUCCAAUCCAUACUCAACCGGGAGACUGGGAGAGAGCACAUGAUAAUUCUGACCUAAAGAUUGUCGCCAGUACGGGGCCCAGCGAGGAUAAUCCUAACCGAGAAUGGGAGUAUAAGAUAUCCUCGCCAAAAUAUGAAGUAUUUCUGCCAUUCGUCGCGACGGAAAGUGAUUGCAACUUAGAAGAGCGGGACUGGGGUCUUCCAACAAGGGUCCUGGACCUGGGUAACAGAGUCAGUCCGUUGACGUCCGAUACGAGGCUCUAUGUGACGCAUAGGGAGCCAGAAGCAUACGUCUGUCUCAGUCAUCGCUGGGGCUCAGAUGGAGGAUUGAGGCCUCUAGAAGCGACCGUCGAAACACUGUCCGAAUUUGAGCAGGGCAUCUCGUACCAAACUUUGCCAAAGACAUUCCAAGAUGCGGUCGUUUUCACGCGAAAGCUAGGAUACCGGUUUCUCUGGAUUGACUCGCUCUGUAUUGUGCAAGAUGACAACGAGGACUGGCUGAGGGAGGCCGGACACAUGGCCAGUAUCUAUGAGAAUGCAGAUCUAACACUGGCUGCAGCUUCAUCUUCAGACAGCAAGGGUGGUCUAUUUUGCAAGACGAUUUCGGAGUCCCUCGUCGAGGGGAAAGAGCAUGAAGAACAACAUCCUGCACUUCGUCGAUUCUCGGAUCCAUCAUUCUUUGAGUAUGACCAUCGUCAAUCGGUUGUAGAAAAGUCAGGCCCGGAAGUUAGCUCUCCGCUAAUAAAGCGUGCUUGGAUAUAUCAAGAACGCAUCCUCUCUCGCCGCAUGCUGUACUUCACGCCGCUGGAGCUCGUCUUUGAGUGUCGAGACGCAAAUAGUUCCGAGUCAGGCUAUCAGUGGAUUGAUUCUAGCUGCAAACAUGCCUUCACGCCGGUUUACGGCGCAAAUAUCUCUAGAGAAUUGGUUCCAUCCCUGUGGCGCAAAGUGGUGAGCGACUUUACGCAGCUUGAGCUCACUCUAAACAAGGACACAUUACCAGCCAUAGCCGGUGUUGCCACGAGAUUUUCUAAACAAUUAAAGGGAAAGAAGCCCAUCGGCUAUCUUGCCGGUGCGUGGAGAGAGACAUUUAUCCAAGACAUGCUCUGGGAGGCAAAACCCCAUAGAGCUGGUUACUCGUCGCGCAUCGACGCCGGCAUACCCUCCUGGUCCUGGGCUCGGAGUGACUUGCCUAAAACUUACCAAGAUACGAACUACCUGCACGCUCUCUGCCGCCUCGAAGAUGCAGUCUGCACCCCCGUUGAUUCCACAGGCAAUGUUUUCACCGGCGUGAGCUCUGGCUACGCCGUUCUUUCCGGGCACUUGCUACCAGCAACAAUGAGGAGCGCUGGUAUAGUGGUUGAUCAGAACCCGCGGGUGCACCACUACCCGGAUAGGGACUACGCCUGGUUUGACGAAGGACCUGAUAAAGUCAAUGUCGGAGACGAGCUGUUCGUGCAUCCAUUGAUGGUGUCACAGACUGAUCAUGAUCUUCGUAUCCAUGCACUCGUUCUCCGACGCUGUAGCAGCAACAGCGACGCCUUCAUACGGAUUGGUAUUUUUGGGACGCCAAUCUCGGUGCACCAUCUUCAAAAUCAUCAUUAUAUCUUUGAGGGGUCUGGCGUAUGUCUCGAGAUGUAUAAAAGGCUUGUUACAUAUGGAGAAACAUUGCUAGGACCGGACGGUUUGUAUCGCGCCCCAGAAAAAGCUAUUCCGCUCUGGUUCCAGCCUGAGUCCGAGAGUUUGCAAUCCAGUUUCCACACCCAGGCGAACUACCUUCAUCUGUGUUUGUAUGGGCCUAAGGCAGAGUUCAAGUUCAAGGAGUUCUUCGGUCAGAUGCAUCUAGACGAGUUGAGGUCUGCAAUGAGGGCUGAGAUGGAAAGGGUAGAAGAAUGGCGCCGUCGAGAAGCAGGAGGGGAAGUGCAGGUUUAUCCAAGGUGUUUGAUUAAGAUAGUAUGA